AUGCAUUCGACAACGCGACGUUUGGCCCUGGCCGGUCUCCUGGUGGCUCUGGGUGUCACCGCCUUUGCCAAGCCACAUGGCAGCUGGAGCAGCGGAGGCAGCAGCGGUGGAGGCGGCGGUGGCUGGUCCUCGGGAGGCAACAAGAUCAGCAUCAGCGCCUGGCCCUCUAGCGGUGGUUGGUCCUCUGGCGGAGGAGGAGGCAGCGGCGGCGGGGGCUGGAAAAGCAGUGGAGGAGGAGGAGGUAGCGGCUGGCAGAGUGGCGGAGGAAGCAGCGGCUGGCCCAGUGGAGGGGGAAGCAGUGGAUGGUCCUCGGGUGGAACCUCGGGCUGGCCCAGCGGUGGAGGCGGCGGGAGCUCUGGCUGGAAAGUGAGCUCGGGCGGCGGAGGUGGAGGCGGAUCCGGCUGGUCGAGUGCCUUAUCCGGCCUAUCCGACUGGAAGUCCCAAGCCUUGACAAGCCUCAGCAGCCUCAGCAGCGGCUGGAAGAGCGGUGGUGGCGGAGGCGGAGGCUGGUCAAGCGGUGGAGGCGGGGGCAGUGGUUGGAAGAGUGGCGGCGGCAGCGGAGGCAGCGGCUGGAAGAGCGGCGGCGGCGGGGGCGGAGGUUGGAAGAGCGGCGGCAGCAGCGGAGGCAGCGGAUGGUCCUUGGGCAGCAGCUCCUCGGCCUGGCCCAGCAAGAGCAGCAGUGGCUGGUCCUCCAGCGGCAGUGGAGGUGGCGGCGGCUGGAGCUGGUGA